UCCCCUUUCCAUUAAAAAGCUAAUGAGUUUGGUAUGCACGCCCAAAGAGCUAAACUUGUAAUAGAGGAUGCCGCAAAGCAACUCAUCAAGAUCAACUCCGAAUUAUCAAAACUUACCAGCUCAAAUCGCCAUCAUGAUUGUCUCUCCCUCUUCCUGCAAAUCAAUUCAUCUGAUAAUCUAAUCCCAGACCAUUAUUCUCUCUCCUCCGCUCUCACUGCCUCUGCCAAUUUACCCAACCCCAGAUUUGGAAACCAGCUUCAUGCCCAUGCCAUUAACGCUGGACUGAAAGCUUUCCCCCAUGUCUCAAAUACUCUCCUCUCACUCUACACCAAAUCUGAUGACUUGGGUUCUGUUAAAAGGGUGUUUUCUGAAUUGGGUAAUCCUGAUAUUUACUCUUGGACCACUUUGUUAUCUGCAUAUACUAAGUUGGGUGAAGUUGAUCAUGCCUGCCAACUGCUCGAUGAAAUGCCUCUGAGAAAUGUUGCGCCUUGGAAUGCUGUGAUCACGGGUUGUUCUGAAAAGGGGUACGACUACGAGGAUAUUGCAUUUGAUUUGUUUAGGAGAAUGCAUUUUUUGGGUGUGAGGCAUGACAAUUACACUUUUGCUUGUGUUCUUAGUUUGUGUUCUGUUGUAGAUUUAUAUGGCUUUGGUAAGCAACUGCAUUCAUUGAUCUGUAAAACUGGGUUUCUGGGUUGGACCUCUGUGGUAAAUUCUUUGAUUACAAUGCAUUUCAAUUGUGGGAACUCCAUUGAUGCUGCUUAUAAAGUCUUUAAAGAUGCAGAUGAAAUUGUGCACGAUGUGAUUACCUAUAAUGCAAUGAUCAAUGGAUUAGCAACUCUUGAAAGGAAAGAAGAGGCCUUGCUGAUGUUCAGAGAAAUGUUUAAGGCUCAAUUAAGACCUACUGAAUUGACCUUUGUAACCCUUAUGAGUUCAGGUUUAGUUCUCACCAUGUGUUUCCAGUUACAUACCCAGGCUAUUAAAACAGGUUAUGAACCCAGUACAGCUGUGAGCAAUGCUGCCAUGUCCAUGUAUGCUGAGCAUGGGUUACUAGACUCUGUUAGAAAACUGUUUGAGGAAAUGGAAGAAAAGGAUGUUGUUUCAUGGAACACUUUGAUAGCUGGAUAUGCUCAUAACAAUGAUACACAAUUAGCAAUCUUGGCUUACAUAAAGAUGCAGCGGAUUGGGUUUGUUCCAGACGAGUAUACAAUUGGAGCACUUUUAUCUAGCUCGGGAAGCUUAGAAAUUGUUCAGAUGAUGUAUGCCCUUGUACUUAAAAAUGGGCUUAGUUUAACAAGUGAAGUCAUAAAUGCUUUGGUUUCUGCAUUCUCUAAACAAGGUGACAUUAAUCUUGCCUGUCAAAUAUUCAGCAACCUGCACUUUAAAAAUCUGAUUACCUGGAAUGCAAUAAUAUCAGGGUUCUUGUCAAAUGGGUACCCUAUACAAGCUCUUGACCUGUUUCUUCAGCUUCAGAAGUCAAAAAUCAGACCAGAUUUAUACACACUAACUACUUUAUUGAGCAUUUGCUCCACCAUUUCAGGAUUAAGACAUGGAAAGCAGAUCCACUGCUACAUCCUUAGACAUUGGUUUCUAAAUGAGACCUCUUUAGGAAAUGGACUCAUCACCAUGUAUGUAAAGUGUGGGGUUCUGGAUUGGUCUAUUAAGGUAUUUGAUUACAUGAAAAAAAGGGACAUUGUGAGUUGGAACUCCAUCAUCUCUGCAUUUGCACAAUAUGGAGAUGGAAAACAAGCUAUCAGGUACUUCACAUUGAUGCAGAAUGAGAUCGGACUUAGACCUGAUCAGGCAACAUUCACUGCUGUUCUGUCUGCUUGCUGCCGUACAGGUCUAGUUUGUGAGGGAAUUCACAUAUUUAACAGCAUGAUCACUGGUACUUACGGGUUUGCCCCAGGAGUUGACCACUUUUCGUGCCUCGUUGACCUCUUAGGACGAGGUGGAUACAUUGAUGAGAUGGAGAAACUAGUUGAGAAUGAGGAUUAUCAUAAUAAGGUUGAUGAUCCUAAUGUUUGGUGGACUUUGUUUAGUGCUUGUGCAUCUUAUGGUAAUGUAAGGUUGGGAAGGAUUGUUGCUGGGUUGCUUCUUCAAACCGAAAAGAAUGACCCGGCUGUUUAUGUUUUAUUGUCGAAUAUUCAUGCAAAUGCUGGACAGUGGGAAGAUGCAGCUCGUGUUCGGGAAUUGAUGAAGACAGUUAGAGUUAUAAAGCAACCUGGAUGCAGUUGGAUCAAGCCAUAGUGCGAAUCAAUAUCAAUGGCAAAAAUUUCUGCUAUUGGGGUCAUAGCAUUCCUUGCUGUUUUUUCUGUGAGUUCAAGUGCCCCGGCAAUAACAGUAGUCUCAUCAUGGGUAAGUUCUCCUCCUUUUCCUGCCUGUUUGUAUGUCAAAAACCAGAGCUUAUCAGCUUAUUAUGUAGUGUUGUUUUGCAGAAACAGGUUUCUUCUGUUCAUUGAGGAAGAAAGAGAAAGGUGGGAUUUUACCUCAUUUCCAUGUAAGUCAACUAGAGUUUUCAGUUCAGAUCGCCGAAACAAUGCUUUGUGUUCUUUCCCCAACAUAAGGUCUAAUAGCUGGUAAAGUAGAGAAAGAGGAAAACAUUUGUGUUUUCUGUGAGAAAAAUCAGAUAAAGAGAAAUGUGGAUAAUGCGUUUGAUAAGUUGUGUCACCUUGCUUAUUGGAUAUGCAACAGGGAAACUAAUCCAGACUAGAACUCAUACAAGAGGGGCAACAGCAGCACCAAUUGCCAAGCCAUACCGCGAGCAAACAGCUUGUGGGAUAAUCUGUAUUACAACACAAUAUUUGAUUAGAAAUCUGAUGCUGGUUUCUGAUACUGGUUAAGGCUCCGUUUGGUUUGGCGUAAAACGUUUUCAGUGAAAAUUAAUAUUCCCUGGAAAACUUUUUUUGUUUGUUUCCAAACUAGUUUUUCCUUUGUUUGGUUCCUUACAAUAAAUUAAAUAGAAAAAUGAAAAUGGGAGAAUAUGGGUGAAGGUCGAUAGGAAGAAUGAAGAUGGAGGCAAGGAAGAAAGAUGGAAAAGUGGUUUCCCUUCCUUUCAAAUGGAAAAUGUUUUUCCACCUUUUGAGGGAGUUAUGGAAAAUUAUUUUCCAUCCCUUGUCAAACUAAACAACAUAAAAUGAUUGAAAAGGGGAAAAUCUUUUCCAUUAAAACGUUUUACGCCCUACCAAACAGAGCUUAUAAGUGCGCCCUAAACACACAGGGAUCCCACCUCACCAAACAAGAGUAUUAGAGUCACAGAAAGAAGAACAGCAGCCCAAGCUGUUACCAAACUGUCAAGAAAUAUUGGAAGGGCCUGCAAUAAUGUCAUUGAAUGUCAUUCUUUUGAUCUGUUUUAUUCACAUGUUUGCAAGAAUAUUGACCUGAUUUUAGCAAUAUUUUUUGAAGGUGAAUUUACCUCCAUGGCAGCUGCAUAGAAUAUUAAGAGGGUACAGAGCAACAAGUGCUGUUUCUUGACAACAGGUAAAAUAUUUUAGCUGCAUGCAAAUAUAAUUCUACUGUUAAAACAUCUUGUUCAGAGAAUGAAUUUAGCUGUGUCUGGUUGAAAAUUUGAGUUAAAAAAAAUACCAGCAAAUUUACGGUCAUUUGGAGUUCCAGAUUUAGCAAGAACUUCAAGCUCUACAAGACUAAGGGACAUGAGUCCAAGGGUGAGUCCAGACAUCAACCCAGCAAACAACACCAGUAUUAUGCAUAUCGCGAUUCUUAUGAAGAACUGUGAAUCACAACAUGAAUACUCCACUGCCAUUUCACUUUCUCUGUUUCAAGUGAACGUGAUAGGAAAAAAAAACAGAGUAAUCUACUGUAACAGUGUUGAACUGUUGAUUGAGAUGGGAUUAAUUCAAGGUUUUCUUGAAACUAAAGUAAGUUUUUACAUUUGUUCUUGGUUGCUUAAUGUGAAAGGAAAAUAAAGAAUUAAAGUGGACUCAAAUUAGUAUGCAACAGAUUAACAAGAAAUGUUAUAGCAGUUUCUUUGACAUUAGGGAAAACUGGUGUUAUCCCUGAUA